AUGUGGGAAGAAGCCGUUUCCAGCCGGGGCCCUGCCCCAAACGCCAAUUUCGAUCCCUCCGAUCGUGUGAGACGCAGGGACUGGAUCGAGAGAAAGCUCGAUCACGACUUCCACUGGAACGAGCUCCAGUGGCAGCUCACGCGUGAGAAGACAGAGUUGCAGGCCUGUAUCCGCCUGCACAAACUGGGCUUUGAGAAGGUGGGAGCCGCCUUCUUCGACUAUACAGUCGAUUGGGGGACCUGGGAGGAGUACCUCAAGCUUCGAUCGCUUGAUAAGUACGAAUUCUGCUGGCCGUGGGGUAAGAUCAUGCGCCCCUCAGAUAAAGAUGAGAGGCAGGGCAUAUCCCAGGCCUACAAAGCUUGGCUGGAGGCUGAAGUCCACUCAGCCUCAAACCCCAAGGAUCCUGAGGAUCCAAAGGGUGUCAAGCCUGAGGCUAAGCCGGCCACCUCUCAGGCCACAGGCAAGCCUCCCAAGCCUGCCCCCAAGCAGGGUGGCCCCUCGAAUCCUCGUGGGCCAAAGCCACCCAAGCCUGGCCAAGAGCAAGGUGGCUCUUCGGUGGCUCCUCGUGUGCCACCAAAGCCUGUGUCUAGCCCGCGGGCAACCUCAUCCGGGGCCGUUCGAAAGCCCACUGCGCAACCUGCUGCGGCACCACAGGUUGCUGAGUCCUCUGCUGCUGCUCUCGCUAGAGCGAGAGCAGAGAAGAAGCCUAUGAAGGUCCCCCCUCAUCUGGCUCACAAGUUUGGCGACAACGCCAACUCCAAAGCUGAGCCCACCCGCGAUGAGGCUCACGAGGCCGCUCUCGCUGCCGCUCGUCUCGCUGCCAAUCGAGAGAAGGUGGGCGAAAUCACGUCCGCAUUCAAGGGCUUCGCGCUGGAGGACAAGAUUGAGCAGGAGGCCAUGGACAAGGCGAAGAAGGAGGAGGAGGCCAAAUGGAAGGACUUGGAAGAUAAGUCCCACUAUCGAUUCCUUGCCAGACUGGCAAGCCUUCAUGAGAAGCCGCCUCUUCGCCAGGCCUACCGACCUGCUUUCAAGGUGGGCCGCAUUCCUCCACCAUGCCCGGAUCUCAAGUUGCGUCAGCAGAUCUGGGAUAUUGUGGAGUUUCCCUCUCCAACCGGGCCUUGUCUUGGCCCAUUUGAACUUGCGCUACCCCCAUGGGUAGACUUUUUUGACCUCCUCCUUGGUAAAGAGGGUAAGCUCUUUGGGCGCAUCAGCGAGUUUACCCCUCGCGAUGUCGCUAUCGCAUGGACCAAGAAUGAGGAUGGUCUCCCCAAGUCACUGGUGGUUGGCCCCCAUCCAGACCUUGGCCAUAGCGCCACAUCCGGCCCUUUGAGAAAGGCUGUUUGUGAGGUCUGGUUCCAGGUUGUCUCGUGGGCGACGGAAGCGUACUUGGGUCGCCCCCAUCCCCUCCUUCAUUAUCUGAAGUGUCAUGAAACACUUUUCGAGAAGAAGGACAUCGUCUUGUCUUCGAAGACGAUGGAUUCCCUUUUCGAGGUUUGGAACACUGUUUCAAACCCCGACUACGACUUCUUCGCCAUUUCAAUGACGAGGAAGGAUAACCUGAUCCGAUGGGUCCCUGAGAUCCAUGCCAUCCUCAAGGUACGAGGGGAUAAGGUCGAGCUUGCGCUCCAGGAUUGGGUCGUCGAGGGACAACAGGAUGAGAAGUCUGUACGAGAACGUACAGAUGCCGUGAUGGACACCUGGGCCAGAUACUCCCCGGUGCGAGCUUAUUUUUGGGACCGGGCCGUUAACUUGGCCCUUUCCCGAGGCCAGUUGCCUCUUCAUGGUUAA